GAUCUGCUGGCGUGACGCAAUCUCAAGGCCGACUCCACGCCGCCCGCGCUCAGGCAGAGCAAUAAGCAGAGCAACGGUACUAUACUUAUUUUAUAUGGCUUAAUCCGCUUUCGAUUUCGAUUAUGUCAACGCGCGUCGCUUGUUGCCAAGAAAAUGAAAUUAACUUCCUUGGUCUUUGUUGUAUUUAUAAAGCGCCCAUGGCCAACGUGCCCGAGCAUAAGUAUGUGGGUAAAUGGUUUGGCCAGCAUACCAAGUAGUUCCUAAGACUGUAACCACUGCACCACUUCAUCGACAUGGCCAACGGCAAUUGGGCAGUUUAUGACUUUUACGCGCUCAUUUCACCUGCAGACGGCAUCGCACAUUGGCCCAAAACUCAACUGAACUCAACUCAAAAACUCUGAACCAAAUAAUCCAUUGAAACAAGCACAUAAAUUGUAAAAUAAAAAAAUAGCAACUAAACUCUACAGCCGAAAUGAGCAGCGCCAGCAUGAUGAUGAUGAUGAGCAGCGCCGGCCUUGGCGCCUCGAGCGCCGCAUCCACAGACUGCAGCAGCAGCAGCAUUCAAGGCUCGACCGCCUCGUCGGCGUCGAGUGAUGUGAUGACAUUGACGACAACAGCGGCGAGCAGCUGGUGCGCCAUGCCCGCCAGCUCGAGGCUGAGAUUAGUGCGUCUGGUGCGGCCGCAUCAGCGUCGACUGCUCAUGGUCUCGGAGCAGAGCGCGAGCUUUGGCUUUGCGGUGCGCGGAGGCAAGGAGCAUGGCAUUGGGUUCUUUGUCUCCCAUGUGGAGCAUGGCGGCGAGGCGCAGCUCAAGGGAUUGAGAUUGGGUGAUCAGAUACUGCGCAUCAAUGGCUAUAGGCUGGAGGAUGCAGUGCAUAAGGAGUUCAUACAGCUGGUGGGCGGACAGGAUCGUGUGACGCUCAAAGUGCGCGGCGUGGGCAUGUUGCCAGUCAAGGACCAAGCGGAGGAGAGUCUGAGCUGGAAUGUGGUCAAGCUGUCGAGUGUGAGCGGCACGCCCUCGGAGAGUUCGUUCAAGGCGACGGAGGGCGGACGACGCAGCCAACAGUCGAGCCGGGACAUCAAUGUGGUGCUGCAUGUGGCGCCACGCACCAAACUGGGUCUGGGCAUCUGCAAAGGCCCCGAAUGGAAGCCCGGCAUCUUUGUGCAGUUCACCAAGGAGCGCAGCGUGGCACGCGAGGCGGGACUGCGUCCCGGCGAUCAAAUACUGAGCGUCAACUCCAUCGACUUUGUCGACGUGCUGUUCAGCGAGGCGGUCGCUGUCAUGAAGAGCUCCAGCAAACUGGACAUGGUGGUGCGCACUGCUGCCGGCUGUGAUUUGUUUCCGGGCGAGUCGAGUGGCUACAACAGCUCCGCCAGCUCUGUGACCGGCGAUCAGAGUCCCUGCUGGGCCGAUGCCAAGUCCAAGCGGCUCACAGCGGUGCGUGAGGAGCCGCCGCCGCCGUCGCCGCCAGUCAACAAAACAAUCAUCAAGCUCACCGAGAACGGCACCAGCAUCAACAACACCUACAUAGCCAAUGGCAGCAGCAGCAGCAAAACUGAUCCAGCCAGUGCUUCAGUUAGUCGCAGCACCACAAUGCGACGCAGCAGUCAAGUGGCUGCCACAGCAGCAACAACAACAGCAACAGUUGCGCCUGUGCCGCCGCCGCUUGCAGCCAACAUGGCCAGCAAUCCAAGCAGCAGCAGCAGUAGCAGCAGCAACGCUGGCAACAGCAGCAGCCUCUCCAGUGCCAUAUACGAGGAGCUCAAGAAGCGCAAGGAGAAGCAGCAGCAGCAGCAACAGGCGCACCGCAGCAGCAGCAGCCACUUGAAUCGCGAACGCGAUACAGAUCGAGAUCGAGUUGGAGAUGAGCGCACACACAAUGGCAACCGCAGUCAAGUUGCUCAAGUGUCGCAUAAGCGUGCAGUUGCGCCUGCAGCAGCAGCACCAGCAACAACAACAGCAGCAGCAGCAACAGCAGCAACAACUUCAACAGCAGCAACAGGUGGAGGAGAUCAACAUACAGCGCUGAUGGAUGAAUUCAAGCGCGCUCAUCAGCGCAUGUUUAGGAACGGGUUCCAUGAGAGCGAGCACAAGGAACGCGGCGAGACGCUAAAACGCACUUCGAUUAUGCCCGAUGAUAGCUGUUAUCGCAACAGCAACAACAACAACAGCAGCAGCAAUCGCAACAGCAACAGCAGCAGCAACGGAAGCAAUCGCAUGUCGCUGCUUAACGGCAACAACAACAACAAUAGCGUCAAUAGCACGCCGGACUUGCCACCGCCGCCGCCACAAUUUGCGAAUCCCAAACAGCAGCAGCAGCAACAACAAUUGAAGCUAAGCUUAGCUGCUGGCAACGGCAAUGGCAGCAGAGCCAAAACGCUGUCGCCUUUAUCGCCUGUGCGCAAUGUGGGCGUGGCACUGCGUGCGCCAGCAUCGCCGCUGCCCGACUACGAUGCCACAGCAGCAGUGCAACUGCGCAGCAGCAGCAAUGGACACGCAGCAGCAACAAAUGGCAAUCAACAGCAGGAACAGCAGCGACGUACUCUGCGCCUGGGCACAGUAACAAUUGGUGGCUAUGAGCCGCGUGGCAAGCGUGAAACGCUGCGCAAGCAACCAUCGAUAAAUGGCGAACGAGUGAUCCAAUCCAAUGGCAUACUCAAGAACGGCAAUCGCAACAGCGCUAGCUACAACAGCAGCAGCAGCAACAGCGGCAGCAACACGCGUCCGCAGCAGCAGCAGCAGCAGCAACAUAUAGAAAAGUCUAUAAAGUUUGGCAACUAACUGUUACAACACAGUUAUAUUUUUAUUGUGCAAUAGGAUUUUGUCUGACAAAACAAAAUAAUAUGCCAGCAAA